GAGCUUGAACGAGCCUUAGAGAUGAAAAGAAGAGAAAAGUUCAAGCAUACUCGUUACGCGAAGAUUGUAGCGGGUGACAUAGACGAUCCAGAAGUAGGAACAGCGGAAGAGGCUCUAGUUAGAGAUGAAGUUGUGGAUAGUGUUUUCCGAGCUGUAGAUGAAGAAGAGGACAGCCCUGAAACAAACAACUACAGCAGGUUUGCUCCAUCGCUUCAGUCACUCGGAAUCACUCAGACUCCAAACGGUAUUGCAAGAAAUUACGCACCACUUCCGCCGCAGGACACUCCAGAUGGCUCACUUGACCUCACGGGAAUCGAUGAUGACGAGAUUGACACAUAUAUCUUGACGUCGCGGGAAUCGGAGGUAAAGGAACGUUUUUGGAUGAAGCUAAAUGGCGAACAUCUCAAGGAAAUGGAGAGAAGGCAAGCGCGUUUCGCUUUAAUCUUUCCAUUAGAAGAAAGGAAUGGAUAA